UGCUCUUUUCCACGAGUUGUGUACAGAGGCUCACAUACACUGACACACAUAUACACAGAGAGCGAGGGGGCGAGAGAGACAUACACACACACACACACACAGUAUCUGAGGUAGUUGUUUUGCGAAGAGCAGGUGUCCUCCUGUCUCACAAACCUUCAGCACUGCUCCUGCCUAUCUUGAUCAAACUGUGGACUUCCAAGUGGAGGGAAGGAGGGAAAGAAUGAGGACAGGAGAAAGACUAACCACUCCAAGGAGGAGGAGAGGAAGAAUGGGAUAGAGACAGAGACAGAGAUCAACAAUCUCACUGUUCAGAACAUGGACUGAGGCUAGAAAGAGAGGAACAGGAAAAAGGGAGAGAUACAGAGAGAGAUGUGGCCAGGCAUGGGGAGAGACAGACUGACUAGAGGACUGGUUCUGCGCCUGUGUCUUCUCCUCACCUCUCUCUGUGUCUGUGUUCACAUUUACCUGGAGCUGGGGAGCAGGAGGGGGGCACCUUCGCACCUCAUUUUAGGAUGUCCCACACAGACCAGCCAGGUGCUACCAGACAAGGGUGCGAGGACACGGGGGACAAAGGACCCCUUGGAGCCCAACUUCGGGACUGAGGACAGAGCCAUAAAGAGAAUGGUGUCCUACAUACGCACGCUGAAGAAUGACUCUGUAGCAGGGAAGACAGGGGGAGGGGACAACCCCUCCACGUGCUGCCCACCUUUGCGACCAAAGAGAAAGUCUCCCAGGUGGCAUAUAGAGCUCGAGCCGUGGGCCAGUGACAGUCACUCCCUGGAGGAGGAAGCUAGGAGGUUCCUUCACUACAUCACUAUACCACAGAUGUCUUGUGCCCCCCCUUCCCGAGAGGGCCCCUUGGUACUAGAGGGUCAGGAAGGGCCAAAGGGGCCCUGGGCAGUGUGUCUGGACAGGAGGUACAGCCUGGCACAACGGAUACACACCAAACACUGCCGGGUCUACUCUCUGGGGUUGGGUGUGGAGGAUAAAACCCUGGAGCGCUCUCUGGCCAGGGUGGGCUGUGAGGUACACUGCUUUGACCCCAGCCUAAAGCAGGCCCACCUGCAGGAGUCAGACAUGUGGCUCCACCGUCUCUCCGUAGACUGGAGGGACCCCAACCCAGCCAUCCCCGCCCAGCGACAGCACGGCAACACCAAGAAACUGGCCACCAUCCUCAACGAUUUUGGACACAGACAGGUGGAUGUUCUGAAGGUAGACAUGGAGAGUGCGGAGUGGAAGAUUCUGGAGAACCUGGUUCUAGAAGGGGUUCUAAGCUCAGUGGGUCAGUUACUACUAGAAGUCCACCUCCACUGGGCAGGGUUUGAGGUGGGUGGGGACGACCCAUCCGUGGUGCGCUAUUGGUUCAGCCUGCUGAAGGAGCUGGAGCGAGCUCACUUCCGCCUCUUCCGUUACCACAACGACCCAGCCAAACCCCGCCUUUUCCUGCACAGGAACUUUCUGAAUGCCAGCAGUACCUAUACACUGGGCUGGAUCAACAAUGAGUGGAAGACUUGAGAGCACUGACUGACUGACGGACAGGCCUCUGGCCAAUGAGAAGGGGAGACUCUGUGAAAUGUAGUCCAGCUAUGAUGGGAAACGAAGGAGUCGUCAAUCCCAUGGGAUGUUUGCCUUUGGAUAUUUAGUGAGCUCCAAAAGUAUUGGGACAGUGACAAUUGUGUUAUUGUUUUGGCUCUUUACUCCAGCAACUUUGAUUUGAAAUGAUAGAAUGACUAUGAGCGUAAAGUGCAGACUGUAAGCUUUAAUUUGAGGUGUAAUUCACUUAUGUGUAUUAAAGUAGUAAAAGUUAGAGGUAUAGAUAUCAUACCCCCCUAAAAAUGCUAAACUCCCCUGUUAUGUCUUGGGGUUAUGAUAUUUGUGCUUCUGUAACUUUCUCACUCAUCAUUAAUCACGAUUCAUUCAGGACUAGCCAUAAUCAUGGUGGCAUCCACAUUAAUAUAGAAGUGUUAGGAAACAUAUUAUAUUCUUAUUUACAAUAAAAGUACUUCAAAAUGACACAAUGUAUUAUAUACCAUGAAUUUCUAUUGGGUAUAAAAUAAUCUUAAACACAAAUCAAAUCAAAUGUAUUUAUAUAGCCCUUCUUACAUCAGCUGAUAUCUCAAAGUGCUGUACAGAAACCCAGCCAAAAACCCCAAACAGCAAGUAAUGCAGGUGUAGAAGCACGGUGGCUAGGAAAAACUCCCUAGAAAGGCCAAAACCUAGGAAGAAACCUAGAGAGGAACCAGGCGAUGAGGGGUGGCCAGUCCUCUUCUGGCUGUGCCAGGUGGAGAUUAUAACAGAACAUGGCCAAGAUGUUGAAAUGUUCAUAAAUGACCAGCAUGGUCAAAUAAUAAUAAUCACAGUAGUUUUCGAGGGUGCAACAAGUCAGCACCUCAAGAGUAAAUGUCAGUUGGCUUUUCAUAGCCGAUCAUUGAGAGUAUCUCUACCGCUCCUGCUGUCUCUAGAGAGUUGAAAACAGCAGGUCUGGGACAGGUAGCACAUCCGGUGUACAGGUCAGGGUUCCAUAGCCGGAGUUGAAACUGGAACCAGUUGAAACUGGAGCCAAAACACAACAGCAAAUGCAUCCAACAAGUUUGUAAAGUCACAAGGUUGAUGUAACCAUUGCAUGCUAGGAAUGUGGUGCCAAUAACUAAACUUUAAAUAUAUUUAUUAGAUUUGUUUUUCUCUCUAUUUUUUUUCUCCCCAAUUGGUAGUUACAGUCUCGUUCCACCGCUGCAACUCCCGUACGGACUCAGAAGGGGCAUGCAUCUCACAACCCCGCCAAGCUGCACUGCUUCUUGACACAAUGCUCGCUUAACCCGGAAGCCAGCCGCACCAAUGUGUCGGAGGAAACAAUGUACACCUGGCGACCAUGUCAGCAAGCAUUGCACCUGGCCCGCCACAGGAGUCGCUAGGGCAACCCGGCCAGCCAAACACUCCCCUAACCCGGACGAUGCUGGGCAAAUUGUGCGCCGCCUCAUGGGUCUCCUGGUCGCGGCUGGCUGCGACACUGCCUGGGAUCAAACCAGGAUCUGUAGUGACGCAGCUAGCACGGCGACGCAGUGCCUUAGACCGCCGCGUAACUCGGGAGGCCCUCAAAUACUAAACUUUUGACUACUUUAAUAAACAUGUAAGUGGAUUUGUCCCAAUACUUUUGGUCCGCUAAAAUGUAGGGACUAUAUACAAAAAGUGCUGUGAUUUCUAAACGGUUCACACGUGAUAUGGAUGAAAAUACCCUCAAAUGUAUGUCACUGUCCCAAUACUUUUACGGAGGUUUAUGUAAAGUUUUGUGAGCUCUACUCUCCUCCUAUCAAGCUCCUAUCAUUCAAACGAUGUUGAAUCACCACUCCCUGUUCCCUUUCCUGAUAUGACCUUAGACAUGGUGAGGUAAUUGCCUCUUGUGGCCUUGAGGUCCGUCCAUCGGUCAGAGCUGCUUCAAAGUGGCUGUGUUCUGUCUGGAGGUCAUGGCCUUAUCUGGACUUGGACCUGAGCCAAACCGUCCCGAACAUAGACAGAGACAUCCACUCUCUCCUGGAGAAUUCUCCUCAAAGGCACGGGCAUUGAAUAGUGAGGUAAGACCACAGCCCAAACUAUACUGAACAAAAAUAAACGCAACAUGCAACUUUU